AUGUCUCCCAUCCACCCACAACCCACACCCCGGAGUUCCUCCGCCUCAGCAGGGCAGCCAGGCUCCUCCCCGCCGCGUCUGGCACCGUGUCAGACGUCGUGGUGGGAGUUCCCCGCCGAGGUGAUUCUCAGCGAAGGCAGUGUGUACGACGGCGUGUCGCUCUACGCCGGGGACCCCUUAAACUCCACGAAGCUUCCCGUCGUGUACGCCGCGGACUGUGGCUCCCGGCUUUGCGGCAGGGGCGAGCCUGAAAUGGACAAGGUCGCUGGAAAUAUACUCCUUUGUGAGCGCGGAAGCAACGCCCGUGUCGACAAAGGUGCGGCCGUCGGGGAGGCCGGCGGAAUCGGCAUGAUUCUCGCCAACACGGAGGAGUGCGGCGAGGAGCUCAUCGCCGACUCCCAUCUCAUCCCAGCGACAAUGGUGGGGCAGAAGUUCGGCGACAAGAUCAGGCACUAUGUCAAGACCGACCCGUCACCGACGGCGACCAUCGUCUUCCACGGCACAGUCAUCGGGAAGUCGCCGUCUACGCCGUGCGUCGCGGCGUUCUCCAGCCGGGGCCCCCAGUACCGCACGGCGGAGAUCCUCAAGCCCGAUGUCACAACCCCCGGCAUCGACAUACUCGCGGCAUGGACCGACGAGGCCUCCCCCACCGACCUCGAGAUCGACCCAAGGCGCGUCCCGUUCAACAUCAUCUCCGGGACGUCCAUGUCGUGCCCGCACGUGAGCGGCCUCGCCGCGCUGCUCCGGCAGGCGCACCCGGACUGGAGCCCCGCGGCGGUCAAGUCGGCGCUCAUGACCACGGCGUACAACCUGGACAACUCCGGGGAGAUCAUCAAGUACCUGGCCACCCGGACCCAGUUGAUGCCGUUCGUCCGCGGCGCCGGGCACGUGGACCCCAACAGCGCGCUCAACCCCGGGCUGGUGUACGACGUAGACACCGCCGACUACAUCGGCUUCCUCUGCACGCUCGGCUACACGCCAUCUCAGAUCGCCGUCUUCACCAGGGACGGCUCCGUCGCUGACUGCUCGAAGAAGCCCGCCCGCUCCGGCGACCUCAACUACCCGGCCUUCACGGCCGUCUUCUCGUCGUACAAGGACUCCAUCACCUACCACCGGGUGUUGAGCAACGUCGGCAGCGACGCGAACGCGGUCUACAAGGCCAAGGUGGAGAGCCCCGCCGGCGUGGUCGCCAAGAUGACUCCGGCCAAGCUCGUGUUCGACGAGGAGCACCGGAGCCUGGCGUACGAGAUCACCCUCGCCGUGUCCGGCAACCCGGUGAUCGUCGACGAUGAGAAAAACAAAUGA